CUCACAAAUUUUGUUUUAUUUCGAAAAUACGUUUCUUAGUAAAUUGUGUCACAGACAAUCAGUCACUACGCACUCGCAAUUUGGUCCACUUAAACAAUGACUACUACGGCCGAUCAUACAGAAUCUCCUAAAGUAUUAGAAGAUAUACUACCGGCAGUGCCAAAAAAUGUAGGACAUUUACAAAAGGAACCCAUUGAAAUGGACUGUCCCUCCUGUCAACAGCGUGCAGUUACCCGAGUUGAAAAACAAGCGGUUACUCUAGUGCAACGUUUUGUAGCAGUCAUCAAUACCGGUCUUUGUUGCACUCCCAUACGUUGGGAGGGGCGUCAUGACAUCAAUCACUAUUGCAGCAAGUGCGGUUGUUUUAUUGGACGUCACAUUACAUUGAGCUGGUACAAACGUCAGCUGUUUCGCAUGCAACGCGGCGAGGUGGAGGAAGAAAACAAAUGGCAACGUUUCCAUAAAAUCGAAAAGGAGAAAUUGGACCAGAAUAAAAACAAACAUUUGAAAUUGGACUCAAAGACAGAGCAACAUGUUGACGGAGAACCAACCGCAGCUGAUAAAUAAAUAUGUACCUCUAUAUAGAAAAUAUUUGGAUGUGUUUUGAUUUUGAACAAGUACGCUUUUUGAUAGAUGUUUAGUAUUCAAGUGUAUUUCUUAUUUUUUUCGUGAGAAUUUCGUGUGUAUUUUAAAGUGUUUUGAAAUUAUAAUCGAAAUGUAUCAUAUUUGAAUACUUGAACUUGUUUGGUUGAGUUUAUUUAUUUAUUUUUUUUUUCAAAUAUUGACCAACUGAUGCGAAUCUUGCCAUGACAUCAUAAUGAAAAUGGAAUUUUAAAAUUAGAAUAUUUAAUAUGUUUUAACAUAAUAAUAAAUGAAUACAAUAAAGUA